AUGGUUAGCAUCGCCAUAUUUGCUAGAUCUCUGUCACCAGAUCAGGCUACGAGGCUGAAAGCUUCUGUAAGAGAAAGUUUCUCGCAUUUGAAAAAAAGGCUUGAGGAUUCCGAGUUUAUCAGGAGAUUACAAAGACAGGAAAUCGAAGAAUUGAACAGAGAGCUACGAUUGAUGGAAGAGGAUAUCAAGGUCACCCGAGAUCUGAUGAGGGAAAACGCAAUUAUCAAAGGCGAGGCUGCCGUUGUGUGCGAGGAGCUCCGAGCUGCAUUAGUGGAUAGAGACUGGUACAGGGCUCUCGUUCUCGAGACACGCGUAGGGUAUGGUCGGAAGGAGAGUGAAGGUAAAGAGUAUCUAUACAUAUUCUUAACAGGAGUGUACUAA